AUGUCGUUUCUGUGGCUUUGCGGUGGUCAACAGCACAGACAGAGAUGGAAAUAGUGGCUGAUUGUUCUCCGCCGGUAGAACCAAUGAAAUCAAAGACGCGCCUCGACCGGCAGACUCAUAGGCGUCGGCAGCGCAUUGGAACGUGUUUCGUUGAGCGAUCGCAUAUUGUGUGUUUUUAUAAGAAUUGUUGUGUGAUUGUUAUUGUUGUGGUUUCUGUGGUUACUGUUUUGGUUAUACUUAACCAUGGAGAGUACAAAUGGCACGAGUGGAAGUACUGAAAGCCAGGGAACAAGUAGACGGCUUCGUAAAGCACUGAAGAGGGACGCGAAAGAAAUCGUGCUCAACGUGUUCAAUUAUCUGAACAGAACUAUGUCGCAGGGAGAUGCACUCGCGCGUUGUGAAAGUAUGACAGGCGUUCCAGAGUGGACCAUUCGCAGGGUGGUGCAUGAAAAGAAGAAAACUGGAGCUACUACUGAUCCAAAGUUUAAUUUGAAGGGACGAAAGGCCGUUAAAUUGGAUGACGAUAGCAAAAUGGCGUUAAGGCGAACCGUACAUUCAUUCUUCUUUAGGAAUGUGAUACCAACCCUCAAGGCUAUACAUGCAGCGAUCAAGGAAAAUGAAAUUAUACCCCAAAUGAGCGUCGAGGUAAUGAGGAAAUCCCUGCACGAAAUUAAUUUUCGUUACGAAACGCGUAAUCGGAAGUCAGUAUUGAUAGAGAGACCUGAAAUAGUCGCCUGGCGUCGAAAAUACCUACUCGAAAUGAUUGAAUAUAGGCGACAAAGCAGAAAAAUCUAUUAUUUGGACGAGACAUGGGUAAAUGCAGGUCACACAGUUAAAAAAACCUGGAUAGACAAAAACGUAGUGAGUAACCGACAAGCAAGCAUUGAAGGUUUGUCAACAGGUCUUCGUGGACCGUCAAAGAUUGAUCGUAACUCAUGUUGGUAGCGAUAGUGGCUUUUUAGAAGAGUGUGACUUGAUUUCCGUCUCUAAGAAAGGAGGUGAUUACCAUGACGAAAUGAAUGCC